GCCAUGGCGACUAGAGGUCUUGGUAGGGCGACAGUGUUGUUGCGUUCCUCAAGGGCGACGACAGUUGUUGCUAGACCUGCUGCUGCUCGCCUGAUAAGCAGCUCUUCCCGCUCACAAGCGUCCUCUUCGCCCUUCGUCGAACAGACUUCUCCAAACCCAACUAUUACGCGCUACGCACAGACGACAGAGUCGUUACACCACUAUGGUUCAUACCUAAUGCAGUCGCUGCCCAAAUUCGUGCAGCAGUUCUCCGUCCUCAAGGACGAACUUACGCUGCACAUCUGCCCAUCUGGUGUCGUCCCGGUACUCACCUUCCUACGUGACCAUGCGCAAUGUCAAUUUAAGAGCGUUAUGGAUAUUACGGCUGUUGACUUCCCGGAGAAGGAUAAACGAUUUGAGGUCGUGUAUAAUUUGUUGAGCUAUAAGUACGCGGGGAGGAUUCGCGUGAAGACGUAUGCUGGAGAGGCGGAUGCUGUUCCGAGUGCUUGUUCUGUGUUCCGUGGAGCUGAUUGGUAUGAACGGGAAACUUGGGAUAUGUAUGGUGUAUUCUUUUCGGAGCAUCCUGAUUUGCGUCGUAUUUUGACCGAUUACGGCUUUGAAGGGCAUCCUUUGCGAAAGGACUUCCCGCUCACUGGUUACACUGAAGUACGCUACGACGAGGAGCGAAAGCGCGUCGUGUAUGAGCCUUUGCAGCUCACUCAAGCAUUCCGUAACUUUGAGUCGUCGUCGCCAUGGGAAAUGGUUGGAGACGGUACACCUGCUAAGCGCCCAGACGACCUCAAACCACUACCGCCGCCCCCACCCCCACAGGACCAGAAGAAAUAGUAGCAUUGCGUUGAAACGUACUUUAAUUAUCACUUCUGUCCUUCUAGCGUGGUCUAGUUUUAGAACAAAAUAUUAUUCAACUUUACAA